UCAGUGUCCGGCUUUCAAGCGCUUAAGAUGCGCUGGACGCUUGUUAGAGGGCGACACUUGUUUACUCUUCAAACUCGCCUUUUUGGGACCGCGACUCCGGUCGGAGGGAGAAGCUUUCUCGUCGCCGGGAGUCGUCAUCGAAUUGUGGCUGAUGUAGGUCAUUGUGACACUUGUCUCCUCCCUCUACCUCCGGCCCCCCCGCCCCAGUGCCUCACCGCAUGACCUCCGACCUCCACACAUUCACGCCGAGCUACGGAGCAGAGCGGGAAACGGCCCCGUCCUCAUCUGGGAUUUCUGUCUCCGGACUCCCACCGCACGCGUCUCCUCUGGGCUGACUGGGGAGCAGCCGACCAUCCAGGAUCCCAGCGCCUCCCCUCGGACCGGUGGAGGGUGUCGGAGCCCUCCGCCCGCCUUCUCCUUCACCCUCGAGAUUUUUCUUCCCGGUCGGAUUGAGCCCGGUUCUGCCGGCCGCGAGACCUGUCAAAACUGGGGCGCGAUUCGUGUGAUGCGACAAUGUCGGAUCUGGGCGAGCGCAGGCCGGUCAACAUGGACUACGCUGUCUCCCUGCUGGAGCAGCUCAAGUUCUUCUAUGAGCAGAAGCUAUUGACUGACGUGGUCCUGCUGGUGGAGGACACCGAGUUCCCGUGUCAUAAGAUGGUUCUGGCCACCUGUAGCUCCUACUUCAGGGCGAUGUUCAUGAGCGGGCUGAGCGAGAGCAAGCAGACGCACGUGCGCCUAAGGAACGUGGACGCCGCCACGCUGCAGAUCAUCAUCACGUACGCCUACACGGGCCACCUGGCCAUCAGCGACAGCACGGUGGAGCUGCUCUACGAGACCGCCUGCUUCCUACAGGUGGAGGACGUCUUGCUGCAGUGCCGAGACUACCUGGUGAAGAAGAUCCACCCGGAGAACUGCGUGCGGAUGCUGAGCAUCGGCGACCUGUUCAGCUGCAGCGAGCUGAAGCAGAGCGCCAAGCGCAUGGUGGAGCACAAGUUCCCCACCGUGUACCGGCAGGACGCCUUCCUGCAGCUCUCGCACGAGCUCCUCAUCGACGUCCUGAGCAGCGACAACCUCAACGUGGAGAAGGAGGAGACUGUGCGCGAGGCCGCCAUGCUGUGGCUGGAGUACAACAUGGAGGCGCGCUCGCAGCACCUGUCCUCCGUGCUCAGUCAGAUCCGCAUCGACGCGCUCUCCGAGGUGACGCAGCGCGCCUGGUUCCAGGGCCUGCCCCCCAACGACAAGUCCGUAGUGGUGCAGGGCCUCUACAAGUCCAUGCCCAAGUUCUUCAAGCCCCGCCUGGGAAUGACCAAGGAGGAGAUGCUCAUCUUCAUCGAGGCCUUGUCGAAGCCGCAGGACGAGGCCCGCCUCUUUUCCAUGUCGCCGCCCACCACCGUGGUGUGCUACAGCCCGCAGGCCGAGAAAGUCUACAAACUCUGUAACCCCCCCGGAGACCUGCAGAAGGUGGGGGCCCUGGUCACCCCGGACAACGACGUCUUUAUCGCCGGCGGUCAGAUCAUCCUCAACGACUCCAUCGCCACCCACGGCCUGGUGGACCUGCGCUCGGUGGACAGCUUCUUCUGGUUCGACGCCCAACAGAACUCCUGGGUGGCCAAGACCCCCAUGCUGUGCGCCCGCCUCAAGCCCUCGCUGGUCUACUGCGACGGCUACAUCUAUGCAAUCGGCGGCGACAACGUCGGCGGCGAGCUGAACAAGCGCACGGUGGAGCGAUACGACUGCGAGAAGGACGAGUGGAGCAUGAUGAGCCCGCUGCCCUUCGCUUGGAACUGGUGCACGUCGGUGGUGGUGCACGACCGCAUCUACGUGAUGACGCACGACAUCAUGUACUGCUACUUCCCCCGCGGCGACGCCUGGGUGGAAAUGGCCAUGCGCAAGACCAGCCGCUGCUUCGCCUCCGCCGCCGCCUUCGGAGACCUCAUCUUCUACAUCGGCGGCCUCCACGUGGUCAGCAACUCGGGCAUCCGCUUGCCCACCAGCACCAUCGACGGCCCCUCCGUCACCGUGGAGGUCUACGACCUCAACAAGAACGAGUGGCGCCCCGCCGCCAACAUCCCCGCCAAGCGCUACGCGGACCCGUGCGUGCGGGCGGUGGUGCUGCUCAACUCGCUGUGCAUCUUCAUGCGCGAGACCCACAUGAACGAGCGCGCCAAGUACGCCGUCUACCAGUACGACGUGGAGCUGGACCGCUGGUGCCUGCGGCAGCACGUGUCCGAGCGCGUGCUCUGGGACCUGGGCAAGGACUUCCGCUGCGCCGUGGGCAAGCUGUACCCCUCCUGCCUGCAGGAGUCUCCCUGGAAACCGCCCACCUACCUCUUCUCCCCCGACGGAGCCGAGGAGUUCCAGAUAGACGGGGAGCUGGUGUCCCUCCCCCACGUAUGGCUCUGAAACACGCCCCCUAGCGGGGAAGGUGAGACUCCACCUGACGGACGAUGUCACAAACACGCGUCAAAACAUUCGACCACACAGUAAUCUUUGCUCAUUUCCUUUUCCGAACGUUAUGGUCCGCGCUAUGAACAUGACGACGCACUUAACCCUUUUUCUGCCCCUUCAGCUGCACGUCUAAAAAUGCAGCAUCCAUCUAGGCCUGGGCUGCUCGCCAAUAAAUCAACUCAUCCAACCAUAAACAAUUAACUUGGUAGUAGUAAUCGAUUAAUUGUCAGCGUUCUUCGUCUCUCCUUUCCAAACCGGAUACAGGAGGGUUCACUCUGUGCAUCGCUUUUGUUCAAAAGUAGAAUUAAAUGAACAGAGUGAACACUCCUGUCAGCCAUCCACAAUCAUCGUCCUUCCAGAAUUAAAUAGAGUGAACCCUCUUGUCAUUCAUCCGCAAUCGUUGUCCCUCUGAAAUUAAAUGAACAGAGUGAACCCUCUUGUCAGUCAUCCGCAAUCGUUGUCCCUCCGGAAUUAAAUGAACAGAAAGAAACCGCUCAGUCAUUGUUUCUCCGGAAUUAAAUUGGCAAAGUGAACCCGCUUGUCAGUCAUCCGCAAUCUUUGUCCCUCCGGAAUUAAAUAAACUGAGAGAACCCUCCUGUAAUGAACAGAGUGAACCCGCUGGUCAGUUGUCCGCAAUCUUUGUCCCUCCGGAAAUAAAUUAACAGAGAGAAACUGCUCGUCAGUCAUUGUUUCUCCGGAAUUAAAUUGAAAAAGUGAACCCGCUUGUUAAUCGUACAAAAUCUUUGUCCCUCCGGAAUUAAAUGAACAGAGUGAACCCUCCAGUCAGCCAUGCGCAAUCUUUGUUCCUCUAGAAUUAAAUGAACAGAGUGAACACUCCUGUCAGCCAUCCACAAUCGUCGUCCCUCCAGAAUUAAAUAAGAGUGAACCCUCUUGUCAUUCAUCCGCAAUCGUUGUCCCUCUGAAAUUAAAUGAACAGAGUGAACCCUCUUGUCAGUCAUCCGCAAUCGUUGUCCCUCCGGAAUUAAAUGAACAGAAAGAAACCACUCAGUCAUUGUUUCUCCGGAAUUAAAUUGGCAAAGUGAACCCGCUUGUCAGUCAUCCGCAAUCUUUGUCCCUCCGGAAUUAAAUUAAGAGUGAACCUUCCUUUAAUGAAACGGAGUGAACCCACUUGUCAGUCGUACGCAAUCUUUGUCCCUCCGGAAUUAAAUAAACUGAGAGAAACCUCCUGUAAUGAACAGAGUGAACCCGCUUGUCAGCCAUCCGCAAUCUUUGUCCCUCUAGAAUUAAAUGAACAGAGUGAACCCUCCUUUAAUGACCAGGGAGAAACCGCUCGUCAGUCAUUGUUUCUCCGGAAUUAAAUUGACAAAGUGAACCCGCUUGUCAAUCGUACGCAAUCUUUGUGCCUCCGGAAUUAAAUGAACAGAGUGAACCCUCCUUUAAUGACCAGAGUGAACCCGCUUGUCAGCCGUCCGCAAUCUUUGUCCCUCUAGAAUUAAAUGAACAGAGUGAACCCUCUUGUCAGUCGCCUGCAAUCUUUGACAAACAAUAAUAAAUGAACUUGAUAACAGUAAUCGAUACAGGGUACAGGAGGGUGCAUUAAAUGAACAAAGUAAACCCUCUUGUCAGUCGUCCGCAAUCUUUGCCUAUCAUUCACAAUCCUUAUCUAAGACAUGUUUUUUUUUAAUGCAUUCUGACUUGUAAAUAAAUGCUAGCAAGCGUCAGCUAACAAAGGAAGUGAUGGGAGUUGCUCUAUUCUGUUAAUGAAGUGCUCCAAAAACCUCCAUCAAGGUUUAUUUACGUGCUUUAAGUAUAUAUGUCAUAUUUAUGUCUUUUGCUCAUUUGAAGCAUAUGGCGGCGGAUUAAUUUCACAAUCACAUCACAGCGUUUGCUUUUCUCUUCAACAACAUAAUAAUAAUAAUGGAUUCGAUUUUAUAUCGCGCUUUUUUAUAGAUACUCAAAGCGCUCACAGAGAAGUGGGAACCCAUCGUUCAUUCACACCUGGUGGUGGUAAGCUACAUUUGUAGCCACAGCUGCCCUCGGGUAGACUAAUCAUGCAGACUUCAAGAGAAAACCACAAAGAGUACUUUGGGACAAAUGAUGAUACAGAGACUUAUAUUUUUGAGCCUGAAUAUAAGGAGGAUGAGCUACAGGUUUUAGAAGAUGCAGCUUUAGUGAAACUUUAAGCAUCAUGUAGCAGUUUUGCUAAGUGCUAAACAAUAAAUACAAAACUACGAACAUAAAAAAAAAAAAACAAUCACGUACUGUACAAUGUCUGCUCUCACUGGAAUACUGACUGUUGGGAUGUUUAUAUCUUCCCGUUUAGAUAAAGCAUUCAUCAUAAUCGCAGGUUUAAAAGAAGAAAAAAAAAAGUUGACGCAAAAGAGUCUGUGUCUUUCUCACCAUCUCUCAUAAAUUGGAUUUAUGUCGGUUUAUGUCCACAUCCUUCCAUUAUCCAGGUGAGAGGCAUGAUUUAUAAUCUAGAAUUAACUUUCACCAACUUGGCGGCGAUGCAGCAGCUCACCAUUUCGGUAUAGCAAUAUAGCAGCAUAAGCUCGUUAGUCCUCUCUCUCGGCGCCACUUAUAAUAACAAUAUCGUUAAUGCUUGUUAAUAUUCAGCUCACAAGAUGUAAAUGGAGUAUUGUUGGCGGUUUUGGGCUGGGAUUUUUUUUUAAUAGACCGUUUUAUGGGUGCAUAUUUAUCUGCAUUGUUAGCCACCUCCUACUUGCUGUAUUUUAUGACUUAGAAUGCAUAAAAAAGGACUGUGAACGAUAAGCAACAUUGCACAAAAAGUGCAGUUCCCCCUUCAAAGUUCUUAAAAGGAUGACUGGUGUUAUUAUGAUGACAUUAGUGCUCUCUAAAUAAUGCUGACCAUAUUAUCAGCCCAGGCCGAGCGCCAUCUUUUAGUUCCUCCCAACACUUCGGAUGUGCGUCUUUUUUCCCCUCAAAAAAAGGCCUUGCAGUGCGGCAGCAGUUUUCUUUUGAUUUUUUUUUUUUUUUUUUUUUUUUUGGUAAAAAGUGGCGGAGGUGUCGCGAGUGCCUGCAGGUCUGGUCGCCCGCCACCUCGCCGCCUCCACAGGCCACGCCUCCCCGCUCAGGCCUUCCACACAACCAGCAGUCUACGCCUCACGCCGUGAGUCACAUGGUCGCAAACACACACACACACCUCCACUAUCGGUUUAUUUUUUAUUUCCAAGCUGCUGAAAAAUAUAUAUAUAUAUAUGUGUGUAUAUGAUACAAAUAUCUAUUUUUCAUAUGUUGAAAAGAUGUGUUCUAGUGUUGGGAAAAUAACCAGGUCUAUUUUGUAUUAGUUGUUUUUUUAAUUUAAUAUUACUGUAGUGUGACUGUGGCUAGAACCCCCUUUGUCCCGUCCCAGUAACAAUUCCUGAUUGGUUGCGAAGGGAGAGGGGGCUGGCCCAGGGCUGUUGCCAUGGAAACCAGUCCCAAGCAACCACUAGCAGUAGUGCGGCGGCCUGGGGGAGGGAACCUUAAACCGUGAGCACAGGUGCUUCAUGGCGGACGUGUCUAGCAUGUUUGGCUGCAUUAUAUUCCUUUGGCACUGUAUUUGGAAUGAACGUUAACUUAUUAAAAAACUUACCAAAAAAGUUUUAGUUUUUUUUCCCCUCAUUUAAAAAAAAAAAAAAAGGAAGUCUCCAAAGUAAUACCAGCCCGUGGUAGCCUUUAUUUUCAGUACAUCAAUAUAGCAUCUGCAAGCAUCAGGAAAAAUAGUCUGAUCAUUUCUUCAGUACAAAAUGAAAAUAUAUCAACAGGAAUACAAAAAGAAACCAAAACCCGCUUUGUGUUUUUUUGUUUUUUUUCCCCCACCUGCAUCAAAACAAGAGCAGAGACGCAGCAGGACGGAGUAAACAAAACCAAAAAAAAAAAAAACAUGCUUCUCAUCCAGCAGAGCUCCAAUUAGCAUAAAAAAGCACACUUUUACAAGAUAAAACAUGACAGUUGAAAUACAUAAAAGUCUGCAAACAUCAGGACCGUCUCCAGUGUCCGGACAUAACAUGAAUAUAGAUCUUUUCUAUUUGGAUUGAAGAGCUUUUACACCACACGUGAAAUGGUGUUGCUAGGCAGAAAAUAGCCAAACAACCUGGCUUUGUCAGUUUUGAUCACACUGAUGCUUGUCCUAACACUGUGGCUCUCUCAAUAACAGCGUCAAUAUUCUUCAUAUCAGCUUAAAACCCUUUAUCUGUGCAAACUAAUGCACCUAAAAUACUUUUAUGUAUAAAUAUUUAAAAGGCAUUGGUUCAUGCGGGAAUACAAAUAUAUUCCAAUGUGUCGAAAUACAUCAUGCUAAGCCUUCUCACACAAUUGUUUUCCUAACCCUCCUGAAGCUUUGUUUUUAUCUGUACAGUAGGAAGAGGAUUUAAAUGCUCCAUUCUUUUGCAGUUUACCUGACGCAUGAAACGUGACAGAUUUGGAGCAUGCACAAUCCACUUUAGCCGCCAGAAGACAGUGGAGUGUUGAGUAUCGUAAAAUGUGUUUUGGUGGCAAUUUCAACUUUGACCUCAGCGUCAGUUCCUAUGUAGAGUGGCGCUUUCCAUCAUUUUCAGCAGACCGCAUUGCAAACGGUUAACACCCCCCCCCAUCGAAAGCUCACGUGAAAUCCACCCAGGAACGGGGCCAUAAGAAUCCUUUCGCUACAGUAUGUGUCAAGAUUACUAACACCAAAGAUGCUAUUACACCAUUGCCUCUCACGCCCCCUUUCCC